AUGUCCAUGAUUUUCACACUCGACGAGUACGCCAUGCUGCCGAAACCUACCCUGCGCUUAACCAUCCCCAGCUUGCACGACGCUCUGCCCCUCGACUGCCGAGUCUACCACCCUCAUUCCCUCUCCCCGUUACCAAGUGCGCCGCCAUGGAAUAAACAUGCUGCAGUUGUCGCCCAUCCGUAUGCUCCGUUAGGAGGGUGCUACGACGACCCCGUGGUGGACAUCGUGGCCGGGACGCUGCUCAAAUUGGGAUUCUUAGUGGCUACGUUUAAUUUCAGGGGAGCGCUCGGGUCAGCCGGGCGAACGUCAUGGACUGCAAGGGCUGAGCGGGCAGACUACAUGUCUGUGGCUGGCUUCGUCGCACAUUAUGUUCAUUUUCUGGACCCAUCUGGUCGGCCUUCUUCCGAGGACAGCACCGUGUCGGAGGAAAAUCGAGCUGUUCAGGUGCAACCGCCUACCCUAUCAUCUCCAGCACCAAUUCUCUUGCUCUCGGGGUACUCGUACGGGGCCAUGAUCACUACCCACCUCCCCCCUCUGGAUGCCAUCCUCUCACUCUUCUUAACCCCUGAGUCUGGCUCUCCAGCGGCCGAAAUCCGUUUACGUGCCCAGCAUCUCGCCGAAAUGCAGAGCACCGUUAUCUCAAGCGCAAGAGACGCAGCCAGCAGCCAUCACCUAUCCCCUAGGGCCCCAAGGCGGGGCGUGGGCCUGCGUGUCGGCGGUGACGAAGAAAACCGCAAGAGCCAGGACUCCCGACGCUCGCUAUCCAUGGAUCUAGAGAAUUCCGUGCGGCAGGACGCGGCAGAUCUGCUGGCCAAGGCGGCGAGGGCGAGGAGGAAUAGAGAAGCACCCAACAAGCAGGCACAGGAACCGACAAAGCGUUUACCUCCUGUGGCAGGACUCACCUUUCGCCCGGCGUAUCUACUUGUCUCCCCUCUGCAGGGCAUCAUUACCAACCUUGCUACCAUGUCCUUCCCCUCGUCAUUAUCAAUUGGCCCUGGCAGACUACUUAGUCGCUGGCUCCCUAAACUCCAGGAAGAAAGUUCGGCAGAGCCGAACGCCCUCUCACGCUCCAUCCCCCCAGGCGCAGAGGACAAACUCACCCAAAACCCCACACUAGCAGUCUACGGCGACCACGACGUCUUCGUGUCGGCCCGCAAACUCCGCGAAUGGGCUACCCGCCUCCAGACCCUUGAGAAUUCCCACUUCCACGCCAUUGAGGUCUCCGGCGCCGGUCACUUUUGGGCACAGUCACGCAAGAAUGCACGCAUUCUCCAGGACAUGGUGCAGACGUUCGGUUUGUCAUUGCUCCAUGAUGCUACCUGA